GGCCACGUGGUUAUUGAAAACAUCAAAAUAACCUUUACACUCAUAACAAUAAAGUCAGUAAAUUUAAAUUUCUCGUACUCAGUUCUUCUAGAUCAAAAUUCUAGAUCCUUCCUCUCAUGAUCACUCAUUAAAAAAUCGCAAGUCAUUUAUAAAAUAAAAAUUCAACCGUCAGAUUUAUCCAGCUGUCAUAAAUACGAGCAUCAAGUGUCAGUUUGUGUUUGAUAGUUUCCACUAAAAACAAUUAAAUGUUCAAGUGACAAUAACAGUAAAUUAAAAAAAAGGUUAAACAUGAGUCGUAAUGUACGAAGAAGACAACCAGGUCUAGAGUAUGGACUCUAUUUACUAGGCAUGCAAGCUGUCAAUUAUGGCGUUGAUAAAAUUCCACCUGUUACACUUCUGGGAGUCAUAGUCCAGGCACUGUUGUACAUAGGAAUGAUCCAAGUCCCCUGGAACUCUGAAGACGUCUGCAUAUCAGCAGUAAAAAUCAUCAAGUACAAAGACUGGCGGUCAUUUAUUUUUUCAAACUUUGAACAUGGCUCGGACAUGCAUCUGUACUACAACAUGGUCUCGUUUAUAUUCAAAGGAGCUUAUCUGGAGCCGAUGUACUCGUCAGCAAACUUUGGAAUACUCCUGGGAAUUUUAUCACUUGGCUGCAGCGGGAUGUACGUAUUCCUGUCCUGGUUGCUGAUGCAAAUAACGGCUGACUAUUCGUACUAUACGACUUGCGCGAUUGGCUUCUCGGCGGUUCUCUUCGCGCUGAAAGUGAUCGUCGUCUGCGAGGAACGAGACCGGUUGCAUGACGUAGGAGGGUUCCGAGUGCCCAGUAAGUUCGCGGUGUGGGCAGAGCUGGUGCUGAUUCACCUCCUGGUGCCCAACGCGUCCUUCGUUGGCCAUCUCGGGGGAAUUCUCGUCGGCUGUAUUUACUGUUACUCAUUUCUGGGAGCUAUUAUUGAUAGCAAAAUAAAUAUGAUUACGGGCAGGCCUAUUGUUCAUGAAGAAGCGUUUUAUAGGAGACGAUCUUCGUUAUUUUUUUGAUUACUAGCGAGGAGAAGAUUUUCAUACUUAAAUAUUUAUUAAUAAAAUAUUUGAAAGACUGUUUUAUAGAUUUUUUUUUAAUAUAAAAUUUAGGUAUUUACAGAUGACUCGAUUAAAAAAUUACUUUGGUAAUUUAUUAUAAUUUAUAAUACUUGCAUUAUUUUUAGAUUUAUAAUUACGUAAGAAAAAGUUCUAGCCCACGGUAGUGAUGAGCAGAAAAUUUCCGUUGAAAUGAGUACCCACAAGUCUGACUUAUAUUAACUUUUCAAAAGUCGUAUAAGUUGGACAUAUUUUUUCAAAUUAAAUUUUUUUGAUAUUUUCAACUUGAGAUUCAUUAAGAUCAGGAAUUUUCCAUCAAAAUGAGUACCCACAAGCCUGACUUAUUUUAACUUUUCAAAAGUCGUAUAAGUUGGACAUAUUUUUUCAAAUUAAAUUUUUUUGAUAUAUUCAACUUGAGAUUCAUUAAGAUCAGGAAAUUUCCAUCAAAAUGAGUACCCACAAGUCUGACUUUUUUUAACUUUUCAAAAGUCGUAUAAGUUAGACAUAUUUUUUCAAAUUAAAUUUUUUUGAUAUUUUCAACUUGAGAUUCAUUAAGAUCAGGAAUUUUCCAUCAAAAUGAGUACCCACAAGUCUGACUUAUUUUAACUUUUCAAAAGUCGUAUAAGUUGGACAUAUUUUUUCAAAUUAAAUUUUUUUGAUAUAUUCAACUUGAGAUUCAUUAAGAUCAGGAAAUUUCCAUCAAAAUGAGUACCCACAAGUCUGACUUUUUUUAACUUUUCAAAAGUCGUAUAAGUUGGACAUAUUUUUUCAAAUUAAAUUUUUUUGAUAUUUUCAACUUCAGAGUCAUUAAGAUCAGGAAAUUUCCAUCAAAAUGAGUACCCACAAGCCUGACUCAUUUAAAUUUUCAAAACUCGUAUAAGUUGGGCAUAUUUAUUUUUAAAUUAAAUUUUUUUGAUAUUUUCAACUUGAGAUUCAUCAAGAUCAGGAAAUUUCCAUUAAAAUGAGUACCAACAUGACCUACUUGUCUUCCAUACCUCAAAAGUCGUUCAAAUUGGACAUAUUCAUUUUUAAUCUCCAAAAAAUUUUCUGUAGACUAGAACUUCCUCAAAAAAAAAAAAAACUAAGUAAACUUACUUAUUUAUUAUAAAUUAAUUUAUUGACGGAAAACGCUGUAUGCGUUGUAAUAAAUUUUGAAUAAUUGGAUUAAUAUCACUAUCAUAAAUUAAACGAUGCGGUAUAUCAAAGUAUGUACAGUAAGCGCUAAAUUUUCUUAGUGUCGUAUCAUUACUCCUGUCAAUCGUUCCACUAGUCCGAUAACUUUCUAUCAAUGGUUUUACUUCUGUAAAAAAAAAUUUAUAUAUAUUUAAUAAAAUGAAUGAAUAGCAAUUAGCAAUCAAUUCCUUA